AUGGUGAUACCGCCAUUUUGGACGUCCAAAUACCUUUCUGAGUGUGGUGAGAAGAGCUGGAAUCUCUUUUAUCGUCGUAACAAGGACCACUUUUUCCGUGAUCGUCACUGGCUCGGUACUGAAUUUGCAGAGUUGUCUGGAGAGGGGGAAGGUCAUUUCCUGCUUGAGAUUGGGUGUGGUGUAGGGAAUCUGCUUUUUCCGUUACUUAGAGAGUUUCCAUUGCUGCGUUGCUAUGGUGUCGAGAUAUCCACAGAGGCAGUAAAGCUGAUCAUGGAAUCACCCGAAUAUGAGCGGUUUGCACAUCGGCUUUGGGUGGCCGCUUUUGAUUUUGCCACAGAUAUCUCUCAGGGUCAAUUGGCCCUUGGCCUUCCCAUGCACAAGAAUCAAGACAUUAACUGUAAUUUUGGCAUGCAAGGCCUGUGCUUGGAUGCCAGUCCAGCCCCAACAUGGAAGAAUUUUUACUCCCUACUUGACACGACCAAGAUGCAUCCAAGCUUUACACUCGCGACGCUCGUCUUUAUGCUUUCAGCAGUACCUCCAGCCAGCCAUAAUCUAGUGGUCCGGAAUGCCUUUGAGGUAAGCCUUUCUGCAUUGAAUCCUAGCUCCUCCGGCCAGGUAGUGUGCUCUUCUUCCGCGAUUAUGCAGUUAAUGAUUUGGCACAGCUCCGCUUUAAAGAGGACAGAAAAAUUGACGAACAUACUUUUGUACGGCAGGAUGGGACGCUUUCCUUCUUCUUUUCUGCAGGUAGGCCUCCACGCUUUACUUUUUAUGUUUCCUAUCAUCACCCGUGAUUCGGGCUAA